UGCUUUGCGGCAGCCGCUGUUGAUAGGCGCUCGUGUGCUUCCUCUUCGCUUGGCCCGACCGGAGGCGGCGGCUGCGGGGCCGGGGCCGGUGCCUGGGGCCGAGCCGGGCCGGACGCGCAGCCUCUGGGUUGGGAUGAGCUGCGGCUUCGCAGACUCAGGGCAGCGCCGGCCGAGCCAUGGUGAGCGACAUGGAGUCCGGAGGGGAAACUGAGGCAGCGGCAGCGGGGUUUGAUUUGAACCCAAGCCUUCUGGGGCGGCGAGCUAGGAGGGACUUCUCGUCCCUGCCGCGGGAAGGGGGCGAGGGGACACGCCAGCACAAUGGUAGCAGUUGGACUGACGAUUGCUGCUGCAGGAUUUGCAGGCCGAUAUGUUUUGCAAACAAUGAAGCAUAUGGAGCCCCAAGUGAAGCAAGCUAUUCGAAGUCUGCCCAAAUGUGCCUUCAGUGGUGGCUAUUAUAGAGGCGGAUUUGAACCCAAAAUGACAAAGCGAGAAGCAGCACUCAUAUUGGGAGUAAGCCCUACAGCCAAUAAAGGGAAAAUUAGAGAUGCUCACCGACGAAUCAUGCUUUUAAACCACCCAGACAAGGGAGGAUCUCCUUAUGUAGCAGCCAAAAUCAAUGAAGCUAAAGAUUUAUUAGAAAGUCAAGCUAAGAAGUAAAAUUAAUACUCAGAUAAUGUUAAAUUUAUAUAUACAUUGAUUACUUUAUGUAUAGGAGUCCUGAUGUUUUAUAAUAACUUCAUAAAAGCUGUAAUAUUUCUUUA